AUGGAGAUGGAAAACUACACCAGGGUCAAAGAACUUAUUUUCCUUGGCCUGACCCAGAGUCCUGAAGUCAGUGUGCUGCUGUUCCUUUUCCUUCUCGUGGUGUAUGUGACAACUCUGCUGGGGAACCUUCUCAUCAUGGUCACCGUGACCUGUGAGUCGCGCCUUCACACCCCCAUGUACUUCUUGCUCAGGAAUUUGUCUGUUGCCGACAUCUGCUUUUCCUCCAUCACUGCACCCAAGGUCCUGGUGGACCUUCUCUCAGACAGGAAGAGCAUCUCCUUCAAUGGCUGCCUCACUCAGAUGUUCUUCUUCCACCUUAUUGGAGGAGUGGAUGUGUUUUCUCUGUCAGUGAUGGCUCUAGAUCGAUAUGUGGCCAUCUCCAAGCCCCUCCAUUAUGUGACCAUCAUGAGCAGAGGCCGUUGCAUUGGGUUAAUAGUGGCCUCAUGGGUGGGAGGCUUUAUCCACUCCAUAGUGCAGAUUUCUCUCUUGCUGACACUUACAUUCUGUGGACCCAAUAUUCUUGACACUUUCUACUGUGAUGUCCCCCAGGUCAUCAAACUUGCCUGCACAGACAUCUUUGUUCUGGAGCUGAUGAUGAUUUCCAACAAUGGCCUGGUCGCUACUCUGUGGUUUAUGUUGUUGGUGAUAUCAUACACAGUCAUUCUGAUGAUGCUUCGGUCUCAUUCAGGAGAGGGACGGAAGAAAGCCAUCUCCACCUGCACCUCCCACAUCACUGUGGUCACCCUGCACUUUGUACCCUGCAUCUAUGUCUAUGCCCGACCAUUCACUGCCCUCCCCACAGACAAAGCCAUCUCUGUCACCUUCACGGUCAUCUCCCCUUUGCUCAACCCUUUGAUCUACACUCUGAGAAACCAGGAGAUGAAGUCAGCCAUGAGAAGGCUAAGAAAAAGACUUGGACCUUCUAAUAGAGAAGACCAGUAG